GCACUCAAACUCAUUGACUCUGAGAGUGCCGCAUGUGUACAAGCUGUUCUUUAAGAUGACGUGGGGCAAAAAAGCACUGUUCUUUUUACAAUUUUUCUGGACAGUCCACCAUGUCACAGCUAUCCACAGACAUGACAUCUAUCCAUAUGGGAUGUUUUACGGCGAUGUAACUCUGCAAGAGGGGGACGAUGAGACUUCUGAAGUUAUCACGCUAACCAAACCCAUGUACUUCUAUGAGGCGUCCUUCGCUAACUUAUAUGUGGCCACCAAUGGAAUCAUCUCAACUCAGGAUCUUCCCAUGGAGAAGCAGUACGUGGAUGACGGCUUCCCCACCGACUUCCCUGUCAUGGCCCCCUUCCUAGCUGACAUUGACACCAGCAAAGGAAAAGGAUCCAUCUUCUACCGGCAGACGGAGUCUCCUACCGUGCUGAAGCGGGCGGAAGCGGAUGUCAGGAGAGGCUUUCCAGAUGCCACGUUCACCCCUACCCAUGCCUUCAUCGCCACCUGGGAGAAUGUGUCAGCUUAUGAGGAGCUCACCCGCAGCUCCGGACCAUCCAAUCGGAUAAACACGUUCCAAGUGGUGCUUGCGUACAAUGAGAAGGAUACUUAUGCGCUCUUUCUAUACCCUGAGGAUGGCCUGCAGUUUUUUGGGACACGGCCCAAAGAAUCUUACAAUGUCGAAAUUGAGCUUCCUGCUCGUGUGGGCUUUACCAGAGGAGAGCUGCCCUACUUCUUCUUUUCUCGGACAGACGGGCCUUACUACAGCGUCACCAGCAACGAGCAGUCCGUCAAGAACCUUUACCAAAAGGGAAACAUAGGAGAGCCUGGAGUUUGGCUUUUCCACGUCGGAAACGGAUAUUCCUUCCAGAAUGUGGUUCCUGCACAGCAUGAGGCUGUUUUAACCAAAGCUCCCCCAGUCCAGAACGCCGUGUUUCCUGAUGAAGACUACACAGAGGAGGAUGAGUACCCCAUCGAUCCAGAGUUAGAGGAUCCCACCACAACAGAGUUCCUUGAGCCAGAGGAGGACUCCUCCCUACUGGAGCGUCUCAACCAGGAGGGACCUUUUGGUCAAUCUCCACUUCAGCCGUCAGCGUCAAGUCCUGGCGAAUUCCCUCAUCCGGAUCCCCGUAAUCUUCCCCCGGAGGACGUGACCCAGCCCCAGCGGCCAUUACCAAAACAUGCAAUUCUGCAGGUGUACCCCAAUGGUGUGAAGGACGCCCCACCUCACCCCUCUGGUGGUCAAGUGUUCAGUGUUGAAGAGAAAGUGAACUUUGACUCUGGAGUGAUCCAUUACUCGACUGAUAGUAAAGAGACGUGCCAGCGCCUUCAGCAGCAGCAGUGCAGUCAGAACGCAUACUGCACCGACUACUCCACUGGCUUCUGCUGCCACUGCAACCCAGGAUUCUACGGCAACGGCCGCCACUGCCUGCCAAACGGUGCACCUCAUCGUGUGAAUGGGAAGGUCAGAGGGACCGUGCUGGUGGGUGGUACAGCAGUGCAGCUGGACAGCAUCGACCUGCACGCCUACAUCGUGGUUGGUGAUGGGCGAGCGUACACUGCCAUCAGUGAGGUCCCGGAGCCGGUGGGCUGGGCCCUUAUGCCCGUGGCCCCCAUUGGAGGUCUGUUUGGUUGGCUUUUCGCCCUAGAGCUGCCAAACAGCCUUAAUGGCUUCAGUAUCACCGGUGCCGAAUUCACUCGCCGUGCCGAUGUGACCUUCUAUCCCGGUAACCAGCGUCUCAGCAUCGUCCAGACAGCUACGGGUUUGGAUACCCAGAACUACCUCAUUGUGGACACUCAUUUACAAGGCAGUGUUCCCUUCAUCCCUCCUGGUGCCACAGUGCAAAUGGAGCCAUUCAAGGACACUUAUCAGUAUUAUCCUUCAUUGAUUAGGUCAUCAUCAGCGCGGGAGUUUACAGUCGUGUCUGCUGAAAACGGAGCAGAGACCCUCACUUUCCAGGUCAAACAGAACAUCACAUACAGGGACUGCAGUCACGGGGACCGCAGCCGACUGGAGACCCAAGAGCUGAGAAUGGAGCGCAUAUUUGUUAUGUACGUCAAAGAGGAGCGUAUCCUUCGAUAUGCCAUCACCAACAAGAUCGGCCCUGUCGGAGCUGGAGAACCCGAGCCAGAAAAUGUGAACCCCUGUUACUCCGGAAAUCAUGACUGUGACACAACCGCACUGUGCGUGCCGGGCGAGGGACAGCUGUUCUUGUGCCAGUGCGCCACAGGUUACAGUGGAGACGGGCGCAACUGUUAUGAUGUGGAUGAGUGUGCAGAAGGUCUGAGCUCCUGUGGUGCUCACUCUCACUGUGUGAACCUGCCCGGAAGCCAUCGCUGUCAGUGUGAGAGCGGAUUUGAGUUAGCAUUUGAUGGCCGCACAUGUCAGGAUGUAGACGAGUGUCGUGACCAGCCGUGUCACGCCCAGGCCUUGUGCUCCAACGGUCAGGGAUCUUUCCAGUGCCAGUGCCAACCAGGAUACCAUGGAGAUGGUUUCCAGUGCCACCCUCAAAAUGGACGUCCCAAGACCCAGUGUGAGCAGCACAGAGACAGUCUUCAGAGUGGAAAUGGUGGUGUUGCUCUGGUGGGAGGCUUCAUCCCUCAGUGUGAUGAGGAGGGUCAGUACAGGUCUCAGCAGUGCCACGGGUCCACAGGUCACUGCUGGUGUGUGGACAGUAGGGGGCAGGAGAGAGCGGGAACCCGAACUCCACCUGGAACACAGAGAAUAAACUGUGACGAGCCUGGUCGUCCCAAGACCCAGUGUGAGCAGCACAGAGACAGUCUUCAGAGUGGAAACGGUGGUGUUCCUCUGUUAGGAGCCUUUGUCCCUGAGUGUGAUGAGGAGGGUCAGUACAGGUCUCAGCAGUGCCACGGGUCCACAGGUCACUGCUGGUGUGUGGACAGUAGGGGGCAGGAGAGAGCGGGAACCCGAACUCCACCCGGAACCCCGAGAAUAAACUGUGACGAACCUGGUCGUCCCAAGACCCAGUGUGAGCAGCACAGAGACAGUCUUCAGAGUGGAAACGGUGGUGUUCCUCUGGUGGGAGGCUUCAUCCCUCAGUGUGAUGAUGAGGGUCAGUACAGGUCUCAGCAGUGCCACGGGUCCACAGGUCACUGCUGGUGUGUGGACAGUAGGGGGCAGGAGAGAGCGGGAACCCGUACUCCACCUGGAACCCCGACAAUAAACUGUGACGAACCUGGUCGUCCCAAGACCCAGUGUGAGCAGCACAGAGACAGUCUUCAGAGUGGAAACGGUGGUGUUCCUCUGUUAGGAGCCUUUGUCCCUGAGUGUGAUGAGGAGGGUCAGUACAGGUCUCAGCAGUGCCACGGGUCCACAGGUCACUGCUGGUGUGUGGACAGUAGGGGGCAGGAGAGAGCGGGAACCCGAACUCCACCUGGAACCCCGAGAAUAAACUGUGACGAGCCUGGUCGUCCCAAGACCCAGUGUGAGCAGCACAGAGACAGUCUUCAGAGUGGAAACGGUGGUGUUCCUCUGGUGGGAGGCUUCAUCCCUCAGUGUGAUGAUGAGGGUCAGUACAGGUCUCAGCAGUGCCACGGGUCCACAGGUCACUGCUGGUGUGUGGACAAUAGGGGGCAGGAGAGAGCGGGAACCCGAACUCCACCUGGAACCCCGACAAUAAACUGUGACGAACCUGGUCGUCCCAAGACCCAGUGUGAGCAGCACAGAGACAGUCUUCAGAGUGGAAACGGUGGUGUUCCUCUGUUAGGAGCCUUUGUCCCUGAGUGUGAUGAGGAGGGUCAGUACAGGUCUCAGCAGUGCCACGGGUCCACAGGUCACUGCUGGUGUGUGGACAGUAGGGGGCAGGAGAGAGCGGGAACCCGAACUCCACCUGGAACCCCGAGAAUAAACUGUGACGAGCCUGGUCGUCCCAAGACCCAGUGUGAGCAGCACAGAGACAGUCUUCAGAGUGGAAACGGUGGUGUUCCUCUGGUGGGAGGCUUCAUCCCUCAGUGUGAUGAUGAGGGUCAGUACAGGUCUCAGCAGUGCCACGGGUCCACAGGUCACUGCUGGUGUGUGGACAGUAGGGGGCAGGAGAGAGCGGGAACCCGAACUCCACCUGGAACACAGAGAAUAAACUGUGACGAGCCUGGUCGUCCCAAGACCCAGUGUGAGCAGCACAGAGACAGUCUUCAGAGUGGAAACGGUGGUGUUCCUCUGGUGGGAGGCUUCAUCCCUCAGUGUGAUGAUGAGGGUCAGUACAGGUCUCAGCAGUGCCACGGGUCCACAGGUCACUGCUGGUGUGUGGACAGUAGGGGGCAGGAGAGAGCGGGAACCCGAACUCCACCUGGAACACAGAGAAUAAACUGUGACGAGCCUGGUCGUCCCAAGACCCAGUGUGAGCAGCACAGAGACAGUCUUCAGAGUGGAAACGGUGGUGUUCCUCUGUUAGGAGCCUUUGUCCCUGAGUGUGAUGAGGAGGGUCAGUACAGGUCUCAGCAGUGCCACGGGUCCACAGGUCACUGCUGGUGUGUGGACAGUAGGGGGCAGGAGAGAGCGGGAACCCGAACUCCACCUGGAACACAGAGAAUAAACUGUGACGAGCCUGGUCGUCCCAAGACCCAGUGUGAGCAGCACAGAGACAGUCUUCAGAGUGGAAACGGUGGUGUUCCUCUGGUGGGAGGCUUCAUGCCUCAGUGUGAUGAUGAGGGUCAGUACAGGUCUCAGCAGUGCCACGGGUCCACAGGUCACUGCUGGUGUGUGGACAGUAGGGGGCAGGAGAGAGCGGGAACCCGAACUCCACCUGGAACACAGAGAAUAAACUGUGACGAGCCUGGUCGUCCCAAGACCCAGUGUGAGCAGCACAGAGACAGUCUUCAGAGUGGAGACGGUGGUGUUGCUCUGGUGGGAGGCUUCAUCCCUCAGUGUGAUGAUGAGGGUCAGUACAGGUCUCAGCAGUGCCACGGGUCCACAGGUCACUGCUGGUGUGUGGACAGUAGGGGGCAGGAGAGAGCGGGAACCCGAACUCCACCUGGAACCCAGAGAAUAAACUGUGACGAGCCUGGUCGUCCCAAGACCCAGUGUGAGCAGCACAGAGACAGUCUUCAGAGUGGAAACGGUGGUGUUCCUCUGGUGGGAGGCUUCAUCCCUCAGUGUGAUGAGGAGGGUCAGUACAGGUCUCAGCAGUGCCACGGGUCCACAGGUCACUGCUGGUGUGUGGACAGUAGGGGGCAGGAGAGAGCGGGAACCCGAACUCCACCUGGAACACAGAGAAGAAACUGUGACGAGCCUGUGAUAGUGCCUCCAACCCAGCGUCCAGAGACCGUCUGUGAGCGUUGGAGAGCCAGUCUGAUGCAGCAAUAUGGAGGCCAGCCGAAUUCCCAACACUAUUUACCUCAGUGUGUCUUCGGCGAGUUCAACCCGGUUCAGUGCUAUGGAGACACCAGCUACUGCUGGUGUGUGGACCAAAAUGGACGGGAAGUACAAGGAACCCGCUCACACGACGCUGUGAAACCUGCCUGUAUACCUACUGUGGCCCCUCCAACCAUGCGCCCUCUGCCACGCCCGGAUGUGACCCCACCUCCAGCAGGCACGUUAUUGCUCUAUGCCCAGGGUCAACAGAUUGGAAUCUUGCCUCUCAAUGGCACACAGAUGGACAAGCAGAGAUCUUCAGUGCUGCUGGCUCUACAUGGCUCUAUAGUGGUCGGCAUUGAUUACGACUGCAGAGAAAGGAAAGUUUACUGGACCGAUCUGGCAGGACGGACAAUCAAUCGAGCCAGUUUGGAGCCAGGAUCAGAAUCUGAGAUUAUUAUCAAUACUGCUCUGACGAGUCCAGAAGGUCUUGCUGUAGAUGUGGCCCGUAGGAGACUGUUUUGGGUGGACAGCACACCAGACAAGAUCGAAACAGCAAACCUUGAUGGAAGUGACAGACGUGUUCUGUUCGAGAAAGACUUAGUAAAUCCCAGAGCCAUCAUUGUGGACUCCCCUACAGGAACCCUCUACUGGACUGACUGGAACCGAGAAGCUCCUAAAAUCGAGAGCUCGACGGUGGAUGGACAAAAUCGAAGAGUCCUGGUACAGGAUGGCAUUGGACUUCCCAAUGCUUUGGCCUACGACUCCACUACACGCCAGGUCUGCUGGGCCGAUGCAGGAACCAAGCGCCUAGAGUGUAUAUCACCUAACGGGACAGGGAGGCGUGUGAUCCACAGUAACCUAAACUACCCCUUCAGCAUGGUCUCCUUCGCCAAUCACUACUAUUACACAGACUGGAGGAGAGAUGGGGUCAUCGCUCUCAGUCGAGAUAACCAAUCAACAGAUGAGUACUUGCCUGAUCAGAGAUCUCAUUUGUAUGGAAUUACAGUUGCUCCUCCACACUGUUUAUAAGGAACACACUAAUAACAGAGCCAGCGUUACAUGGUGCUAUUUUGGGCGAGCGUUUGGAGAGCUGGUGCUGUGGGAAUCGCGGCAGAGUCGUGGACCAAGAGAGAGCCGAUUGCGGAUCCCGCAAGUCUUGACAAACGUCACCGUAAAUGCCAAAGUGCAAAUUUACAAACAUGAAAGCGUGAAUAUUUUCUCAAAAAUAGUUUUGUAAAUUUGUUUUAUACCUCAUUUCAUUCUACUGUAUUUUUGUAUGUGACUUUUUGUUAUAAAAAACCCUAACAAAAAAUAAUGAUAAAAUAAAUACCCUGAGUUUAGUUGAGUAAUUUGUAUGUUAAUAAAAACACUAAAACAGUAUUUUGGGGAAAAAGUAAAAAAAAAAAAAAAAAAAGAUUGGUUUGAACAACAAAAGUGGUCUUUUACCAAUCUUAAUUUUUUAAUCCUUUUUAUCUUUUGUAAGAAAUGAUAUUUAUAACAAUAAAAUGUGAUUGACAACUUUAA